CAGAACACAAACGUAAAAUACAUUGGCUUAGUUGGGAUAAGCUUUGUAUUCCAAAAGGGUUAGGAGGUACGGAUUUUAAAAACAUUGAAAUCUUUAAACACACUCUCCUUACCAAGCAAGCAUGGAGAAUCCUCUCAUCUCUCUCUCUUCUCUUCUUAGUCAGUUUCUAGAAAGCAAAUAUUUUUCAGAUACCUCUUUUAUGUCAGUUUCUUUAGAUUCUCGUCCUUGUUUUGCUUGGAGGAGUGUUCUCUUUGGUAGAGAAUUACUAGAAACAGACCUUAAUCACAUGAUUGGAAAUGGUAGAUCUCUCCCUGUUUGGUCUACCCCUUAGUUAGUUGGCCGAGACAGAAUGUGCAUUCCACUGAUGAAGAACAUCUUAGUUGAUCUGAACCUCAGUCAACCAUCUCGUGCUAGACAAUUCUCAUCUAUGGAACCAAAAUUUACUUGAUGAUCUUUUCUCCUCUCAAGACAAAGAGAUCAUUCUCAAGAUCAAAGCAGUCACUGAUUCACCAGCUUUUUUUCAUUUGGAAUUACAUUCGGUCGGGUGCAUAUACAGUGAAGUCAUGUUAUUGGCUUGGAGAAAGAGAAGCAAGAAAGGAAGCGUUUAUUGCUGGAGAUAAUCAGCCUUCUUUAAAUAAUUUAAAGGUUAUAUUUGGUCUCUGGACACUGCUCCAAAAUUCAAAAUCUUUAUAUGUAAAGUUGUUAGCAGAGCUUUAUCUGUGGCAGAUAACCUCAUUGAACGAGGAAAGUUGAUAGCCGUUGUCAGAUUUGCGGCUUGGAGGGAUAUUCUUUAAAUCAAGUCUUCUUUGCUUGUACAGUAGCUAAACAAAUUUGGGCUUGCAGAAAUUUCCCGUACCUGCCAAAGGUUUAUAUCUUGCCUUUAUCUACUUUAACAUUUUUUUAUAUUCUUAAAACGAGGAAAAAUCAAUCAUUCGAGAGAAUAUAUGAAGAAAUGGAGUUUGAAUUCUAUGGCCGAUAUGGAAAAAUAGGAAUUCCUUUCUCUUCCAAGGUAAUAUGGCUCUUGGUCCGCCUUUCAUUAGAGCAAUUUAUGAAGAGGUUGAUAAUUGGUUUCUGAUCAAAUCAAUUGAAAAAAAAAAGCUAUAGACCUAGAAAUAAAAAGGAGGAUUAUCUUUGACUCAAAACCUCCUCCCUUAUCUUGGCUCAAGUGUGACAUUGGUCUCGCAUGGAUUAAAAUAUAAAUGAGAAUGGUGUCUCAUGAAUUAUCAGAAAUAGAGAAAGAAAAGUUUGUGAAAAUAGAAAGAAAAGUUUUAAUACAUGGUAGAUAUUUUUUGCAGGCAUUUUUUGUAAGCACGAUGUUUCUCUGGAAAGUUAGUUAUUGGGCCAUUAAAAGCUUGAAGUCUCUUCACUUCAGCUCGGUUAUUUUUGCUAAUGAUGAUCACGGAUUGAUCAGCGAAAUCCCUAAAUCAUGACUUUCAGAUUAACAGAGAUGGCUUCAAGCUACCAUGAGGAGCCACAAGAAGAGGAAGACACAUUUGAAUAUCACAUUGAAGAUGACUUUGAUGCAAGUAUACUCACACCAGCACAAUUUGUGAUGUUAUAUGAGCUUCAGAAGGAGUAUCCAGGUUCGGCAAAGACAUCCCUAGCACGAAGGAUCCGGUUGGAGCUUAUUAAGGAUCGAGCAGAGCUUGAAGGAAGGGAGGUUACAAAGUAUGAGUUUAAUGUUGCCUAUGACCUUAAAGAGGUAAUGGAUUGGGCUCCACCACUCCAGCUGGAAGGUAUAGAAAUUUCCAUUUUAGAACUUCAAUUUGAGAAAAUAUGCUUGCCUUGUGGUGAAAACAUUGCCCAUGAUCAUGAUUCUCUUGUGCUCAUCAAUGAAUGUCUUGAUCUGAUAUGUGAAACUAGGAAGCUAGAUGAGUUGAGAAUAGAAAAGCUUGCUAGAGAUCAUAUUGAAGUUUGUUUUGACAAGAGCUAUCUAUGUGCUUCAUUUGAUCUCGAAUCUGAGUUUUUGAUUCUUAAUGAAUCUAGACCUCUUCUUGAGAUAGCUGAUUUAGGGGAUGAGCUUGAUGUUGAUAAGCUUUUGCUUGAGAUAGAAAAUCCUCUUGUCAAAAACAUUCAUGAGAAUGAGAACAUUGUGUUUUAUUCAGUUGAUAGAGAUAGAGUUGAUUACUUUGUUAAAACCUCGUUUGAACCAGUAGUUGACUUUAUCUUUCCACCAAAUGCAUUUGAUUCUCAUGACUAUUUGAACAUCAAAGAGCAUCUCAUAUUUCAUGAUACAUCUAUAAUAAAGCUCUUUGAUGAAAAAUCUGUCUAUUUUCUAUGGACAGUAGUGUGCUCCUUUGCGCAUUUGGUUUUUUGUUCUUGUAGGAGAAGGACUAAAGGUGCAUUGGCUCAGCCUUUUGAUACCUAUGAUUAGCAUGCACAAUUCCUAUAGACCUCACUGUUCUGAAGAUGGCAACUGAGAAGAGAGUUCCUUUGAUCCUUGGCACUCCAUUUCUCACAACAGUUGGAGCAUGUAUUGAUUUUCCAAACAAGAAGGUCACACUCCUCAAUGUGAACAAGGUUGUCUCUUACCCAAUCCAAUCUCCAAUGGAUGUUGGGUUGUGGAACAAUCACUUGUGAAGAACCAUCCAUUGCGAAGACCCAAGCUAAAGUGGCUAUACCUGGGAAAGAAGAUUUUGUUGGAGAGUCCUCUAAAAAGAUGUGUGAUAAGCACUUGGAAAGUGCUAAAAAGGAGGAGGUGAGUAGAGCCACAAAGGCUGCUCAUGACAUGAAGAAGAUAGUGAAAGAAACUCAUUCUCCACCUCUUGAUAAGACUCCUCACACUCUCACUCUCCACCCAAUGAAGCUCAAGGAUGGAGCCAUUGAGUACAAGAUCAAGUGCAAAGGUAGGUCCAAGCCAUUCUCAAGUGCAAGGGCCAUCAUCACUCCUCAGCUUCAAAAACGACCCCAUCAAGCUCCAAGAGCUCCUCUCUCAGGUCCUCACCAUCACUCUUGAAGGUGGGAAGGAUCCUCCUUCUCACUAGUAUAAGAGAAAAGGUAGUCAAGCUAGUGACUCAAAACAAGCUCACUUGGGAGGAAUUCCCAUGGUUAUCCUUGUAUAUAAAUUUGCUAUUUCAUUUCUUUAUGUUUUCAAUAAGUGUGGCAGAAGUUUCAGGCCAGCUCAAAGCUCAAGCUCUAGACACCCAUUACCACACUUCACUCUCCACUUGAGUCCUAGCAUCAGGUAAAAACACACGGACGCCUUCAAUCUCAGACGCGACUUGCCUCCUUCACCACCUCGACAAAUCUUGUUUCAAAAGCCGGCGACGCAAAGCUUCGUGAGCCUUUACCCCCCGGGGUCAUAAGCCGGCGACAACUGAUUAAAGAAACCACGUCAUCCCGGAGUCAAAAACAACACUUAAACAACGGGAGAAGAAACUCGAUAGCCUCUCCUCCUCCCGAUCGAUACAAAGAAAAUAACAAAAAAACACAAACUAAAGAUUAAUCUAAAGUUAAAGCCGGACCGACGGUGGCUGUGGGAGCCCACCCGUCGGCCGGAAAACAACAACACGUCGAAGCUUUGCUUUUCUUCUAGACAGAGGUUAGAGCAAAAUAAAGAGAGAGAAAAUGUCUUAGGCUUGUGAGAAUGUUAUGUAAGCUGAAGUAUAUUAUAUACUUUAACCACUCUCUCUGUAAAAUAAUUAAGACUCGGAAAGCUGCGAUUGAACAGAAAUAAAGUCACAAAGCUGUUUAUAGUUUUUUUUUUAAAGUUCCAAUGCUAUUUCAAUUUUUCAGUUACUUUUCUUGCACCGUUUAAAUUGGUUUUAUAAGAGCAGGAUUAUGCACCGUUCUAAAAGGGUUUUUGCAGAAAAAGUAGUGUGCUGGCCUCUUUUUUUUUGUAAAAAUCGUAUGCAGAAAUCACGAGAUAAAAAUCGUUUUUGGUCUAUUUUUGUACUGUUUGGGGGUUUCACUGACACGUGGCGGUCCACGAUUGUUUUUUUUUUUUAAAUCAGACAAAAAAAUUUAAGAAACCCAAAAUAGUUUUAGCCAUAAUAAUGCUCUAAGUUUCCAAAUUUCAGAAACUUGUAAAGUUAAGAAUAUUUUAAUUGAUAUUAGGUUAUAGUUAUGCCCUAUUAGAAAAAGUUCACCGCAAGAAAAUAGUACAUUUGUAAUGGAGGAUGUUUUUUUUUUUUGCUAAAAGUAAUGGAAGGUGUUAGUAAAAACUGGGUUUAAAUGAUUAUUAGAAUUUUUAAAUCUAGUGUUAUAUUGGUUUAUGGAUUUUCAUAUUCUUAUUAAUAUCUAGUGUUUAUUGUUUAAUGAUUUAAUUAUUCUUUAUUUUUUUUUGUUCGAAAAAAUGAAAUUAUAAAAGUUAUACAAAUCUCUUAAAGAAAGUGUUAUUGAAACUUAUAUUCUUAACUUUUUAACUCACAAAAUAAGAUUUGAGAAUGUUACAUGUUUCUCUUGGAUUUUUAAAAUCAUUAGAGUAGUCUAUUUUUAUAGAUUUUUACAAUAUACAAAAUUGUCAAUAAUUUUCUAACUUUUAAAAUCAACAAACUCUAUUGAAAUCUAAGUCCCACUGAUAUCUCAUAAAUCAGUACUAGUUGGUUUUAAUAUUUGUGAACAAACAUUUUUUUUAGAAACUUAGGAAUAUAUGUUUGCUUAGUAUACCGAAUACCUUUAAUAACAGCAACAUUGGGUAUUCUAUAAACUCUCAUGAUAAGUCUAAUCUUUAAAACUUAGGAAGAUCAAUGUGAUUUCCAUACAGCAGAUUUUUAACGAAGUAUCAUGAUCGCCUUAGAUUUAAUUAAAACUGGCAAAUCUUUAAUAACAUUUGGGAUGC